AUGGGGGCCAAUGAUACACAUUUGAUAGACAAAGAUGAUGAUGAUGAUGAAUAUGUUGAGGAUGAAGAUGUGUAUAUGUAUCCAACGGAUAUGCACCCAGAUGAGCGGGAUGCAAAUCGAUCUACAGUUCAUGCCUCAAAAGCAAUUGAAUGGGAGCAUCAACAAUAUGAGAAUAUUGUAGGAACCUCGGGCAUCAAGAAGCCCUUUUCUGAAGUUGCCCUCCAGACGAGAGAAUCCGCCCUAUUUUUCUCUACCACUCUCAAUCCUCGCAGGUUUUAUAUUGCUCUAGAACCAAGAAGGAUGGGUUAUUUGGUGGCAGUUGAAAGAUUUGUCAAAAUCAUGGCUAUGGUGUGGGCAGGCAGCCAGGUCACUAAACUUGUCAGAGCUAGAGGGGCCCUUGCACUUGCACCUAUUGUAGAUAGAGGAUUGUCAUGGUUUACAGUAAAAUUCAGGUUUGAAUCUCAGGGAAAGGCUUUCAUGGCGAUUGUCGGAUUUUAUUUCAGGCUAGCUCUCAUUCUAUUCUUCAUUGUAAUAUUGCUUUGGGCAUGACACAUUUUUCAGCAUUUUUCUUAGUCAUCCUGGCGAAGAACCUCUUUCAUUAACUAGCAUUUUUGAAUCUCAUAAAUGUUAAAUUUUUUUUUUCAUAGUUCA